UACCAUUUCUCCAUUUCCCCUUUCUCCAAUUUCACAUACAAAUUGCACAAAAGAUGAAGCGAAAAUCAACAAUAACCCACACCAGCAACAUCUACAACGAUGUUGAACAUGAAGACCAACAAGACAGACUCAGCUCCUUACCAGAUGUUCUUCUCAUCUACAUAUUCUCCUUCAUCGACACCAAACUAGCUCUUCAAUCCCAAAUUCUCUCCAAACGUUGGGUAAACCUCUGGACUCUGCUCCCUGUUCUCAACUUUGACUAUUCAUUCUUACAACGUUUCGAUCAUUUCAUUCAUAAAGUCUUAACUUACCGUAACGCUUCAAUUAAGCUGGACGCUCUUAAUAUUAAACUUACUGAUUACAACACAAUGGCUACUGUUUUUAACUAUGCCUUGGUUAAUCGUGUCUCGAAUUUGAGCAUUGAUACGUCUGAUUACUUGACCAAAUACCGCCCGAUUCAAUGUUUGAAUGGUACUGAUUCGUUGAGAAAGUUGGAGUUGAAAGGGAUGUUUGAGUUCGGUAGGUUUUCGGUUUGUUCGGGUUUGGUUAAGUUAAGAUUGGAGCGGGUUAAGAUAGUUGAAUCCGACCCGUUUUCGUGUUUUCCGAAUUUAAAAGAGUUGUGUUUGGUGAAUUGUAAGGUGGGGUUUGAUUUGGCUGUGUUGGAAGUGAUUGGGUUUGAGUUGUUGAGGUUGACGAUUUCGUCGUGUUUUUAUCAUCCGGUUCCGUAUGAGAAGCUUGUGCUUUUGACUCCUAAGCUUAAGGUGCUUGAGAUUAGUGGGCUUAUUCCGAUGUCGUUUGAGGCUUGUGAGCUUCCGGGGUUGGAUACUGUGCAUAUCGAUUGUUGUUUUUCGUUUGUGCGAUCGUUUGAUAGGAUUGUUCAGCAGCCGGAUGAGGAGGAGCAGAAGGUUAAUCUGAUUAAGAUGUUUUGGUGCAUUAGAAAUGCUAAAUGUAUUCAUCUUUCGCCGUCGACUGUUAAGCUCCUCUCCCUAUCUCAUGAAAAGCUUGUUGAAGAACCUUGCCCAUUUGUGAACCUUAAGGUUUUGAACCUUAUCCCUCCACCAAACAAGCCCGUCGGUGAGCUUCAUUCUUCUGUGGCGACCUAUUUGCUCAAGGGUUCUCCACGAGCUGUUGUCAAGUCAUUGCCCCGGUGACGAAUGCUCAUCGAGAUGCUAAGUUUUGCUGUUACUGGUAUGCUAUUAGAUAUCUAUAAAGGAAGUGAAUAUACAUCGGCACCCCUUGGUUUCUGGAGAAGUAUAGUGAAUUAUAGUUUUCGUAUAUUGGAUCUUGUUUUGGACGUCAAAGCAGAUCUAAGUAACACUUUCUUCUCUAUGAAAAACCAUCAGAGGUUUUCGUUUUAUCUUUCGUGUUGCAUUCAUAUUUUUAUUUUUGUUUUCUUGAUGUUGUUAGAGCUUGUUAAACUUUAGCAAUGAAAAUGGCAUUAAGGUGGGUCA